AUGGCCCAAGCGCUGAAAGAUAGCCUUUUGGAUUUUAACAAGGUGCGGGCGUUUCAAGAGUUUUGCGGAAUUAGAGAAUGCAAAGAAGAUGAUCCUCGGGGAGAAGACGCCAUUGUCAGUGAAUCACAGCCAGAAAGAAAAGCGAGACAGCAGAGCGCUCGAUUCCGCGCCACAAAACCCUGGCUCCAUGAAUUCUUCAUGCUCGGAUCUGUCUUUGGCACCGAAAUCUUUUACAUUACCUACUUGCCCCUGAUCUUCUGGGGAUACGAAAAUUGGACUGGGCGACGUCUUGUCCAGAUCUGGGUGAUUACGAUGUACAUCGGCCAAGUUCUCAAAGAGUUCUGCCAAAUGCCUCGCCCAACCAGUCCUCCAGCUUUUCCGAUGGAACCGAACUUCAAGGCAGAAUUCGGAUUUCCUUCAACUCAUUCCAUCGCUGGAGCUUCCCUCGCUUUCGGCACGCUCCUCUCCAUCUGUGGAACUCAAGACGCAAUCUUUCCCUUCGCUCUUCUCGUUGCUACUGCUUUUACUGCUUGGGUCGCUCUUUCCCGCCUCUACAAAGGAAUGCAUUCCAUCCUCGACAUCCUUGGCGGCCUGGCCAUAUCUGCGCUGUAUCUCUUUUUCGGCUGGCAACACUUGGACAAAGUCGACCACUACAUUCGAACUGUUCCAUUUUCACCUAUCAUUUGCCUCGCUUCCAACUUCGUCCUCGGCUGGUUCUACCCCAACGGCGACUGUCCUUCUCGAAAAGAUACGAUCAUCAUUCUUGGAGUCGGCGCUGGAGUCAACAUUGCCAACUGGCUCAACUACAAACAAGGCCUGGACUACGACAUCUACGACCAACCUGAGUGGCACAUCAUCUUCUUCCGCGUCAUCCACGGACUGCUACUGACCGCUGGUGCUCGGGAAGUUGCUAAGACGGCCAUGAAGUCCCUCCUUUCUAAGGUCUUCGGCCCGAUCACCUCCGAAAACAUUCGAAAACAAGCGAUCGAAGUACCCCUUCAGUACUUUACUUAUACUUUCGUCGGUUUCACCGCUGUCUACCUCGCUCCACUUCUGUUUCUCAACCUCGGGCUGUAUCGCUAA